AUUUAAACAAUUGAAAAUGUUAAAUAAUGCUAUUUCUGACUCUUUGGUGUUUGCACAAUUAUUUCAUGUAAUAUGAGAAGAGAAACGUCUAUGACUUAACUACUAGUGACAGGGAUGUUGAGGGCAAACAUGUAACAUUCAGAAAACUUUAUCACAUCUUUGUCACCUUCUUUUUAUUUUUUAUUUAUUUAGCAGACCAAAUAUUCCAGUUCUCUCUGGCCCUAUCCUGAAUUGACUCAGAAAUAGAAUACACCCCCCCUCGUUUUGUUUCAGAGUGGUACAGUCCAAAUGUCCCUCAGCAUUACUGCUUCCCCUGGAAGUUGCUAGAAUGUUCAUUUUUUGGGGGUGGGGGGGGGCUGUGAGAACCAUAAGUGCGUGGAUGGUUGGAUUAAGCCACUGCUGCUGCAUCUGAAGGGGUUUAAUCUGACAGAAUCAGUAUAAGAGACAGACAUUGCUUCUCAGGCUCAGGUCUUCCUCAGCUCUAGUGCUGUAAUUUGGAUUGCGUCUUACAGCUGGUCAUCAGGGCUUCAUACAACAGGAUAAAAUAACAGAAAGGAGAGCUGGACUUCUUCGCCUGAAGCACAUAAAACCGUUUCAGUGUCUUCUGCAGGCACCAAACACAGGCAUUAUGACCCAGGGCAAGCUUACAGUUGCCAACAAGGCAGCUGAAGCAGGAGAGAAGCAGUAUGGCACCUCAAGUGGACAAGCAGGAGGUCUGCCUUCCCCUCCCACCUACGAGGAGGCCACAGGUUCAGGUGUCACUGCUAGCCCGUGCUAUAACGAGACUUACCCCAGUGAUGGGGAGAUGCUCACAGAGUUCAGCUGGAGUGAUAAAAACAUCCGGAGGAUCUUUAUCCGCAAGGUUUACACCAUGUUGAUGAUUCAGCUUCUAGUAACUCUUUCCAUAGUGUCCCUCUUCACGUUCUGUGAACCAGUGAGGGACUACAUUCAGUCAAACCCUGGAUGGUACUGGGCUUCAUAUGCUGUGUUCUUUGUCACGUAUCUUACACUCGCCUGCUGUCCUGGACCACGAAGACAAUUUCCAUUCAAUCUGAUCCUGCUCACCAUCUUUACCCUGUCUCUGUCCUAUAUGACUGGAAUGCUGUCCAGUUAUUACAACACAAAGUCAGUGGUGAUUUGCCUCGGUAUUACUGCUGCGGUCUGUCUUAUCGUCACUCUUGUCAGCUUCCAAACUAAGUUUGAUGUGACAUCAUACCGAGGCGUCUUGUUUACAUUAUGCCUGGUCAUGAUGGUGUCCGGUCUGGUCCUGGCCAUAGUCCUGCCAUAUGGUUGUGUGCCCUGGCUGCAUGGGGUCUAUGGUGCUUUGGGGGCGUUGCUGUUUACCAUGUUCUUGGCUAUUGACACCCAGCAACUGAUGGGCAACAAGCGCUACACUAUAAGUCCAGAAGAAUACGUCUUCGCCACUCUCAACAUAUAUCUUGACAUCAUCUACAUCUUCUCCUUCUCGCUCUCUGUGUUUGGUUCUGAGCGGACAAACUGAGUACGCCUCCAGCUCACCCAUCCAAGCAGGGCCCAUGUUCAUAGUCUCUGAGUGGUGGUACUGAUCUAGGAUCCAUUUCCCCAUUUAGUUCCAGGUGAAUAGUGUUGUAGACGCAGUAAAGGAGGAUAUGGUUCUGGAUCAGCACGACUCCGAGACACUGUAUGAAUCCAGACUCUGAAGUCACCCUCAGAUCCCUCACCUCCUCCAACAGUCUUUGACCCCUCAAGCAUGACAUGGCUCUUCCACUGUACUGUGUUGUUCAUUUAGCUUGUCUGCUAACUAAGCAGCAGACCUCAAGCACUAAUGUACAGUAUAUUUCACCCAUAGGGUCACAGGUCAGAUUUCUUCAACCAUAGGUAGGCUGUGAAAAAAACAUGCACAAAAUGUAAUAGCUAUAGCUGUUUUGUGUGUUAUACAAAUGUGAUGUACUUGUGUUCUCCAGUCUGUUAACAACAGAAGUUAUCUGUGACAGCUCCACAGGCUCCUCAAUGCAUGAAAAUCUGAAUUUUAUUUACUCCUCAGCUGCAAUUACAUGUACCCAUAAUUUGAAUCAGUGGGAUCUACAAAGAAUUUCAGGAUACACUUUAAUAAAUGGUCAAAACAAAUGAACUAUUAUGCAUGGUACAGGUGUACAGAUAGCUCUGAAGAUGUUUUUAGUGUAGAUACGACAUGUCGUUUGCACCCAUGUUGUUAGUUUGUUAGCAGUACAGUAGCAGCCUAUGUCCAAAAGCGUCACUGUACAGUAUAAGGGACCCUUUUGAUUAUGAUGACACUCACCUGAUUUUUCUGACACUUUGGGCAUCUGUCCGUGGCACCUGUUUACACAGUAUGUGGGCAGUGUGUUGUUUCUUUGGUGCCUGUCUGUCUUCCAGACUGUCCGCUCUUAACCUGUAGGCUCAAAUCUUAGCUAUAAGAUCAAGGCCACCAAGGCCAUUCAGUCUAAUUCAUAUAACAUUUUAGUGUAGACUAAUUGUCUUUUCAUGGCUGCAGCUGCAUUGCAUUAAAACUGUGAUAGUUUUAUUCACAUUAAAAAUGUGACAAGACAUUCAAUGCUGACAGUAGUGCAGAUUUGCUACUUGACCCUUGUCUCUCUUUGUAACAUCAAGUUCUAGUCUGUAUUAUUGUGUGGUCUUUUUUUUAAUUAAUUUUUUAAUAUCUUUUCAGCAUGGUCGGCUGCUCUUUCACACUGAAUUUCUUAUUUAUUUACCUAAAGUCUAAACCAAUGUGGUAAACAUUCCUUACUGAGCCUGUUUAGGGGGUAAAUCUGGUGAACUUUUACAUUACGGUAAUGUGAUAAAUAUAUGUAUUCGCUCCAGGUGUUAAAAAUGUAUGGCUUGACUUUGUUGUUAUGGCUGUUACUACUGUUUUAUUAAGACUGAAAGAGUUGUUUAUUUUUUGUAAACAAAAAAAUAUGGUGAAAGCAAAUAGUUUUGAUUAUUGUGUCUAGAAUGAGUUUAACAUCCUUGCAAAAUGCCUGAUUGUUACAUGCUAAAAAAUGAUGUUAUAUAUUUGACCAGGACACAAGGAAACAUAUAUUUUCUUAACAAAUUGAAUGGUCUGUAUGUGAAAGUUGUGGCCUUAGUCUCAUCUGAAGGAAUUAUAAUGAAUUUGCUUAUGUAAAUUCUUCUCUUGUGCAUGGAGUGUUAUUCCAUAUUAAUGUUUUAAGAAAUUCAUUUCCAUUUACAACUAUUACUGUACAUAAUGUGUAAUUUAUUAGAAAGGGAAUGUAAAUGUGUAUGGCAUUUACCUCUGAAAUAAAGAAAAUAUUGACUCAC